AUGAAGAAAUGCGUCAAAAAAUGGAUGAAUCUUCCGCAACGGGCUAGUGCAGAAGUUGUUUUUAUUCCCAGCCCACUAGGUGGAGCUGGUAUCUUGCCUUUUAGUGAUAUGCGCAACGUCUGCGCCGUCACUCACGGAUAUAGGCUACUCACUUGCCCCGAUGACUCCGUCCGCGAAACGGCAUGGGACACUCUAAAAACCGCGGUGCAGCUGAAAAUUCGCCAUGUGCCGACUAUGGAUGAUGUUGCGUCAUAUCUUAAUGGCGCCACUGAUGGGGAAAUGGCCAAAACUAACGGGGAUGUCCCAUCUCUAUGGUCACGUGUUCGCAUCUGUACUCGUGCUCUUCGCCGUACCGCCGACAUCCAGUGGUGGUGGUGCGCCACCCGUGGCGAAAUGCAACUCAUCGUUCCCCGCCCAGACAAGGAGCCGAAUCAAGCACGAGCCCACCCAGCGGCCCGUCGUCAAGUAUGCAGCCUCCUUAAAACGGCCCUUCGAGCUGCCUAUCUGCAGCGCCUACUCAAAAAACCUGAUCAGGGAAAAGUGUAUUCCGUGACCAGUCUCAGAAGUGAAUCCAAUCACAUGAUGAAAUCUGGCCUCUACACCCGCUUCGCUGAUUGGCGUUUCCUUCAUCGAGCUCGACUGGAUACCAUGCCCCUCAACGGAACGCGUCGGUUUGGCAACGGCAGCAAACGCUGCCGUCGCUGCAACAACAUACUGGAAUCCCUUCCACAUGUCUUAAGCCAUUGCAAAUAUGUCAGCCGACCACGAGCCCUUCGACACCAUGCCACUGUCCAUCGUCUUGCUAAAGGCACACCGGCCAUUGCCGGCACUACCAGUGAGGAUCGGAAAAUUCCUGGCACCAGCUGUCAGCUCCGUCCUGACCUUGUGGUGACUAACGCACUCACGCGUUCCAUUUCAAUCAUCGACGUCGCUGUUGUCUUCGAAAACAAAUACGAAGCCUUCCAACUGGCCAGAUCAGGCAAAAUUCAAAAGUAUUCCCUUCUGGCUGAUGAGCUUCGUUCCCAAGGCUGGGAUGUCUACCUCAACGCUUUCAUCGUUGGGGCCCUUGGUGGAUGGGACCCCGAUAAUGAAACAGUCAUCCGCCAGCUCCGGAUUAGUAAAAGCUACGCCAAGCUAAUGAAGAAGCUUAUCAUCAGCGACACUAUCCGGUGGUCGCGGGACAUCUAUGUUGAAUUCAUCAGUGGCAAGCGGCAAUACCAGGAAGUGGCUCCAACCAACCCAAUCCCGGCGCAUCCGCGCUGCGAUCCUGCUCAGAUUGAACAACCCGGCGAAGAAUAA